AUGGAAUUCAAAACCGAGUACCAGCCGAAAAGCAGGCGAGCUGAGGCUACACAUCACGAUUCCUACGAAACCUUCCGCUCCCAGUCCAGUAUGCCUGAGGUGAAGCAAGACGAUACGCCUUGGUUUCCGUUCCGAUCGCGGGGCGACAGCGAGCUCGCUUCGAUCGCCGUCGAUUCAAAUCUGUCAGACUCUCUCGUCAACCGACUUCUCUCGCUCCUCAAGGACGUAGCGACGAAGAAGAAGAACGUCACGUUCGCAAAUGCGGAGGAUCUACGAAAGAGUUGCGAUGAGGCAGCGAAAGAGUUCACCCCUUUCCAGGAAUAUCCAAUCCACCUCGAGCAUAAAAAAGACGACAUCGAACUGAAGUUUAUGGCGCGCGACAUGUGGAAAUGGAGCCUCAAUCUCCUGAGUAACGAGCAGCUAGCACCCCACUUCGUAUGGGACGCUCAACGUGUAUACAAGCAUAAUGGAGAUUUAGGCCCCGAGAGCAAGUACGUGAGGUUCAUUGAUGAACCUUGGACGGCGGAUAGGUGGUGGGACGUACAGGUAAGCUUAUAUAACGAUGCCCCGUCUGCCCCGCUCGCUUUCGUUUUCUACGCCGACAAAACCAGGCUAUCUAGCGCGGGUAACGUACAAGGCUACCCGAUCGUGGCCCGAUGUGCUAACCUUCCUGUCGACAUCCAAAACGGGCGAGGAGUCGGAGGCGGUCGUGUUGUGGGGUGGUUACCAUUCCUUCCAGAGGACCCAGAAAAAGAAAAGACCCUCAGUUAUACGACGCUGAAACGUGUCGUAUGGCACGAGUCCGUCGCGUGUAUGUUUUCUGGGGCAAAACACGCGUCUCAGGAGGGGUUCUACUUCUCGAAGUGUUACGAUGGUAUCGCCCGGUGGCUAUUCCUAGUGAUAUUAAUUCUUUCAGCAGAUUAUGAAGAACAAUGUAUGAUGGCUUUGAUUCGCGGGGCGAUGGGUAAUUACCCUUGCCCGGUGUGCUUAGUACCCUCUGAAUGCCAAAGCCACUGGGCCGAGUCUUAUCCUCGGCGCUCUGCGAAGCGCGCCCAGUCUCUUUACAAUGACCUGAAGUCGUCGGAUCGUGCUAAAAAGAAGGCGGCGAAGGUCGAGCUCGAGAAGGAGAGCUGGAGGCCUGUCAAGAGCGCCUUCUGGAUGCUCCGCGACUCUGAUCCGACCGACGCAGUGACGGUUGAUCACCUCCACGCCUUCCAUCACGGCUUAUACGGCAAGCACAUCCACCUGGAACUGAUCAAAAUCCUCGAGAGCAUGGAGAAGAGUCGUGAAUAUCGUGGCAAGCUCGAUCGACAGUUCUCCCAGCUUCCAAGCUGGCGAGGUCUCGCGCACUUCAACUGGGUCACCACCGUGUCGUUCAGCGACGGAAAUAAAUUUAGAGAUAUCUCUCGGCAAAUGCUUUUCGCAGCUUAUAAUAUUGUCACGCAAUCUGAAUCGCCUGAGUUCUACAAGCUGCUGUGUCUACUUAGCUCCUACCUUGAGAUUGACUCGUAUUUUGGACUCAGGGUACUGACAGACGAGAUGCUAGAUGCCCUAGACCGGGAGGUUGAAAGGUAUGGCAGGCUCUUGGAAGCAGCACGGCCACGAAUACCAGACAUCAAAAUUAAUUGGGAUUUCCCCAAGAACCACGCCGUCAUCAAGCACGCUGUCGAGGACCUUCGUCGGAAGGGUGCCAGCUGCAAUGGAACAACGAGAGUCAAUGAAGGCGUACACCCGCCCUUCAAGCAUUCAUAUCUACUCAGAUCCAAUGGAAAGAAGGUCCCUGAACAGCUCCUCAGAGUCGAAGAUCAUCGACUCGCUGUUUCUUUGGUUGAGGACCGAGUUAUAGCUCAAGAAAGGCGGGCGAUGGAUGUCAGCGACCAUCACGAUGAUUCGCUGGGUCCGGCAUUUCAAGGUCAUGUCUAUGUCGGGUCGAUGUGCCGAGCGAUAACUGUCAAGGAGCUCGAGAGCUCACGCCGCGCUUCUGAUCGCGCUUUCAUCAACUUUCGCCGAUCUCUCAAGACUUACAUCAACGAUGUCUGCCUUCCGGAUCGCGAAUACGUCGGCCAGCCUCUCAAAGUUCGUGACACCUUCAUGGAACAUCGUUAUAUGAAGGUGAAUUACGAGUCCCAUGAGAACUGGAAGGUCUCUACGGACCUUCUUCGAUGCACUCCUAGCUUCUACGACAGACCGAGGUACGAUUGCGCUAUUGCGCACUUGGACGAAGACCCGGACGUAUAUGGUAUCGUUCGUUUAAUCUUGAUCUUCAAGUUCACCAUCCCCGAGCUUGGCGCAAAGAGCCUACCAUUCUUUGCAGCCCUCGUGCAGCCAUACACCGCCUCGCUGACACUAGGUUCCCGUACUCGACGCUUGGACACUGAUCUCGGCCUCCUUCGAGUCAAGGCUCAACCACGCUCGGACUCUAUCGUCAUCCCCAUCGACUCUAUCAUUCGAGGGGCUGUUUUAUCGCAGGACUUUCGUCGACCAGACGAAUACUUCGUGAACGACUACGUUGACGGGGAUAUGUUCCUUCGGAUGAAGGACCCCAAGUGGAUUGGGCAGCAGUAG